AUGGAGCCCCCUGGCUGCGGCCUAGCUUUAACGAAAGGAGGAGAAGCUGAGACCAGCUAUGCCAGAAAUUCUUCCCUUCAGGUUCCUGGCACGAAGAUGGGCUAUUACUACUACUCUCCCCCCCUGGUCUUUAGGGUUUACUCAUGGCGUUUGAUAUGGGUUUUCUGCAGGGAACUAUCCUAGAAGAGGGUUGGCCGAUCACACGAGAAGCCGUCUUCAAGCUCAUCCGAGGUAUCAAUAGCGACAAGCUCAGUGUAGCCGACCUAGGUUGUUCUUCGGGCCCGAACGCCCUUUCCGUUAUCGCCAAUAUUGUGGACGGCGUCGAGGAGGGAUGCCGACGGCUAGGCCGGCCCCCGCCGGAGGUUCUGGUGUUCCUGAACGACCUCCCGGGGAACGAUUUCAAUGCCAUCUUCCUCUCUCUCCAAGGUUUCUAUGAGAGGCGGGAGGCUGUGAGACCGGCUGAGGGCCUGUGUCGUUGCUUCGUGGCUGGAAUCGCAGGCUCCUUCCAUGGGAGGCUCUUUCCGAGCAGGAGCAUACACUUGUUUCACUCCUCUUCUAGCCUUCACUGGCUCUCACAGGUUUAUCCGAUUCGUAGGAGAUGAUAAUUUUCGUUUGGAGAAGAAGUUGUGAUGUUUUGGUUUAUCCAGUAAGAAGGCAACGAUUGAUUGGUAUUCUAAUAAAAGUAAUUCGUCUACAUUAUUAUAUGAAUUGUUGGGAAUCUUUGAUGUAAUAUCCCUUUCAACUCCAUCUCCGACAAGAGUACAUUUCCGAGUGGAAGUUAGAGUGACGUAUAGGCUGACGAACUGACUCUUGGAAUACAUCGUUAUGUUCUUCUUUAAAUUCAAUAGAGCAAGAUAAAUAUCAUAAAUUUGUAAUGCAUCAUGUGUACCAUAGAUCGUCCACUACAUGUCUCUAAGGUCAUUCAUCUAUGAUCUGGAGAAAUUAGAUGAUUUUCUCGAAUGAUAUAAGUUUCUUUUCUUUUGAAUAAUUCAUUGACAAAUGAAUUGCAGGAUCCAUUAAAGAUCCAAGCAGAGAGGGGGAUGGUUUUGAACAAAGGAAACAUCUACAUUUCCGAAGAAAGUCUGCCUUCUGUGGUGGAAGCAUACAAAAGGCAGUUCCAAAGUAACUUCUCAAGUUUUCUUAGAUCUCGAUCAGUAGAGACAGUUGUUGGUGGACGGAUGGUACUGAAUCUAGGAGUCCGAACAAGUUUGGAUCCUGCCCAAGCUGACAUUGUUCGGCUAUUUAAUCGGUUAUCUCGAGUGCUGAAAGAUCUAGUUAAAGAGGUUCGUCUUUCUAACUUUAUUCAUGUCCAUAUAGUCAAGCUAAAAUUAGUGAAAUGUGCUUUUGUCUAUAGUUGUUUGACAUUUAUUCAAUAUAGUUCUGUAUAG